UUCAGAAACCUCCUCUUGCAACCCAACCGAAUUCUCUUCUCCUGACAACAUGUGUUGCAACUACUAUGGCAACUCCUGUGGCUAUGGCUGCACAUAUGGCUAUGGCUGUGGGUUUGGCCCCCAUUAUGGCUGCAGUUAUGGGACUGGCUAUGGCUGUGGAUACAGCCCCCUCUAUGGCUGUGGUUAUGGAACCAGAUAUGGCUGUGGAUAUAGCCCCCGUUAUGGCUGCAGUUAUGGAACUGGAUAUGGCUGUGGUUAUGGCUCCAGCUAUGGCUGUGGGUACGGCUCUGGCUACUGUGGCUACAGGCCAUUUUGCUAUAGAAUAUGUUACUCUUCUUGCUGCUAGAACAUCACUAUCCAAGCCUCAUUUGCUCCUGAAAUGGCGUAUCUAAGGAUAAUGCUGAUUGAAGGAUGUGGACCCCAUGAUUUCUAUACCCAAGAAAUUACAACUUGACAAAGGCUUUGACCUCCAAUACCCAUUUUCAGAAUGGCAUCAUUGUGGCCUGAGGUCCUGAGGUAUCAUCUGACUAUUUUCCAAAUAUUAGCAUUACUUCCUUAGUCUGGGUUCUCUGUUAUGACUGUGUUGAUGAUCCUAACAUCCUACAAUGGGCCAAAUCGCUUAUUCUCAAUAAACAUGGUUCUUUGUUUUU